AUGUUUUAUCUUGAUUUUAUAGAAAGCCGUUACAGUCCUACUGAGUUAAAGACUAUAACUAAAGAAAAAUGGAUUAAGCCUGAUAAAACUGAAGUAGUGGCUAGCCACCCUCCUGCAGAAACUAUAGUUUUUAAACAUGGGUCACGAUCUGUUGUUGCAAGCCCGUUUAAAUUAACUGACCCAAAUGAUGAGCCCAAUAAACGCCUUAUAGAACAAAAUAACUAUACAAAUCAGAGUCUCAUUACUAUAGGAAAACAGUUAGAUAAAAUCGAAACUAAAAUUGAUAAGUCUCUGCCUGUUGAGUCUAAGCUUAAGUCUGCAGAAAAACCCCUAGUCCAAUUCCAAGAUUUACAGCCUAAGUUUGCCCUUAAAACAUCCUCUACAAUUGACAAAAUAGAAGAAAUGCUUAAACAGUUAAAAACUGAACAACCUGAAAAAUCUGGAGUUAAAGUUAUAGGAUCAUAUGUUCCCUUGGAUACACAGUCAGAAACUGAGUCUGAAUCUAAUACCGAAUCUGUUGAGUCUAGUAAUAUUUCCAAAAUUGAGAAUGCAUUUAAGAACUUAGAAUUAGAAUCUGAGCUAAAAGUUAAGAAAUUAACUAAUCCUACUAGCCUAACCAGAAAUUGGUAUCCUAAGCCUACACCACCAGAUAUCCAGAACUCCGAGCCAUACACAGUCUAG